AACAGCGCAUGCGCCCUAAGGCCACUCGACGCGGGGCUUUGCCGUUGGGAGAGGCAAAAAAGAAAAAGGGAAAAAAGAAAGGAAGCGUAAAGACGCGCGUCGUCCUCGCUCGCGCAGCGCGCGGCGGCCGCUGAUUGGAUGGCGCGGGGAGGGGAUUCGCCGCUCUCGCGCCCCGGGGCGUCGUGCGCAGGCGCGAAGCCUUUCAACGGUUUCCCGCUGAAGCGCCAGCUGCGUGGUUUCGCUUUCUGUUCCUGAGGUGAGUGGCGAAGAAGGAAAAGGGGAGAAUUAGGUCGCCUGCUUUCUUUAAUUUUUGAGUUUCAAGAGCGCCAGAAAUUUGCCAGAUUUCUGAUGAAAUAUUUCCAAAAGAAUUUCUGUAAGCACAGAGGCCAAUAUGUCAAAGAGAAAAGAGAGAAGCUUUUCAGCAUCAUCAUCUGAAAAAAGACCUAGGCAAGCCACAUUUGAUUCUGAUGAUGACCCUAACGAAGAGGAGUUGUCACAGCUACAGAGUGACAGCGGUUACUACUCACAGCCGGUGUCAGGAGAAGUUGGAAUAAUUGAAAGUAUCCAGCUGAAGAAUUUCAUGUGCCAUUCAAUGCUGGGCCCCUUCAAAUUUGGACCCAAUGUCAAUUUUAUAGUUGGAAAUAAUGGAAGUGGGAAGAGUGCUGUGCUAACAGCCCUCAUGGUUGGUCUUGGAGGAAAAGCUACAGUGACAAAUCGAGGAACAUCUUUGAAAGUAUUUGUGAAAGAUGGACAGAGUUCUGCAGAUGUUUCAAUAACGCUGCGAAACCGAGGUGAAGAUGCGUUUAAACCACAGCAGUAUGGUGACUCUAUCACCAUCAGUCAACGCAUAAACUUGGAAGGACAUCGUAAUUACAAACUGAAAAGCAGCACAGGUGCCAUAAUUUCAUCCAAGAAGGAAGAAUUAACUGCCAUCCUAGAUCACUUUAAUAUCCAGGUGGAUAAUCCUGUAUCUAUACUCACUCAGGAAAUGAGCAAACAGUUCUUGCAAUCUAAAAAUGAAGGUGACAAAUACAAGUUCUUUAUGAAGGCAACACAGUUGGAGCAGAUGAAAGAAGAUUAUGCAUACAUUAUGGAAACCAAAGCAAGAACUCAUGAUCAGAUUGAACAAGGAGCAAAGUAUCUUGAAGAACUUCGGAAGCGUUAUUUGGAGAAGGAGGAUCGUUACAAAAGUAUUGCUUUUGUGAGUGAAAUGCAAAAUGAACUGAAGAAGUUACAGCACCAAAUAGCUUGGGCAAUGGUGAGAGACACUGAAAAUGAAGUUGAAACACUCAGAGAUGAUAUUGGUGCUCUAGAAGCGAGAACUGGAAAAUUUGUGGAGAAAGUGAAAGAAUGGCAGACUAAGGUAAAAGAUGCAGAAGGAAAACACAGAACUAUGCAAGACAAGCUAGAGAAGAUAACGGAAGAAGCUCAGGCAUUAGAACCAUCAUGUGCUGCUUUGAAAGCAGACGUUCUAUCUAAAAGAAGAGCAAAGAAUGAUGCAGAGGCAGCAUAUAAUCGGUCUCAAAAUGAAUUGAAACGCUUGGUGAAAGACCAUGAACAGCUUUGCAAAAAAAUUGAGGAACUGAAGACCAGUGCUGAACAAAUUUCGGAGCCUGAAACGUUGGAAAAACAAGCAAGAAUUGAACGAGCAGCUAAGGAAGAGCAGUUAAGGACACUUCUUGAUCAAGAAGAAUCAAAUGAUAACCAAAUAAAGCAGUUUCAAGAGGCUAUAAAAACAUACAAGGAAGAGGCUGCGAGGCUUAAGAAGGAAGAAUUGGAACUGAAGCAAAUAUUGGAUUCUCAGCAACGACAGCUAAAAGAGUUAAAGGAGAGUAAAACAGAUCAACUGAAAAGGUUUGGACACUAUAUGCCAAAGCUCUGUAAAGCAAUUGAAGAGGCUCACCAGCAGGGGCAGUUUAAAUACAAACCAUUAGGACCCGUAGGUGCUUUUAUUCAUCUGAAAGAUCCUGAUUUUGCGCUGGCUAUUGAGACAUGUUUAAAAGGCUUGAUCUGGGGAUUUUGCUGUGAUAAUCAUAAAGAUGAACGAACUUUACAGAUGUUAAUGUCCAGAUUCUGUGAACCUGCUUCUCGUCCUCAAAUCGUUGUUAGUUCUUUCCAAAAUAAGCUUUAUGAUGUAAGCCAAAGUGCUGUUGUUCAUCCUGAAUUCCCGUCAGUCUUGGCCGCGUUAGACAUCGAUAAUGCAGUAAUAGCCAAUUGCUUAAUUGACAUGCGGCGUGUAGAAACAAUCCUGCUAAUCAAAAAUAAUGAGGAUGCUCGUAGAAUUAUGCGUCAAAACAAUCUUCCAAAAAAUUGUAGAGAAGCUUUCACUCGUGAUGGUGAUCAGGUGUUCUCAAGACGGUAUUAUUCUUGUGACUAUGAAAGGGCCCGCAUCCUCAGCAAAGAUGUGGAGGCAGACAUAAGUCACUUGGAGAAAGAAGUUGGAAACAAAAAAUCCCAUCUGUCAGUAAUUCAACAACGUAUACGUUCUACUGAGAAUUCUAUAAGAGAAAAUGAACAUUUCCUUAAAACUCAUCGUUGGGACCAAGAACAAUUAAAAAUAAAAGUGAAUAAAAUAAAGCUAAAAAUUAUGGAGCUCGAGAACGUGGAGGAACAGCAGUCAGUCAUCAUCUCUACAUUAGAAGAAGAAGCUCAAGAUAACAAGAGGAAGAUGGAAACUGUGGAGAAGCACAUGCAUGAGCAGAAAAAGAAAAUGGAAGAUGCGAAAUGUAUUCUAAAAGAGGCAGAACAAAAAUUUGAAGCGAUUAGAAACAAAAUCCAUCGAGUAGAAGAAGAAGCUGGCCCAGUCCGGGAUGGGCUGCAUGAGGUGGAUGAAGAACUGGAACGAAGUAAAAGCCACUUGCGGCAUUAUGAGGAAAAAGAAAAAUCCCAUUUAGGAACUAUAAAAACUCAUAAAAAUGAUCUAGGUACAAAAGAGAAAGAAUUAAUGGAAAUGAUUGCAAAGGCUUCAGAAAUCCAUCCCGAGCGAAUAGAAGUAAAUAGAACAUAUAAGAGUCUUGAUACAGAAAUAAACCGCUUAAAAGAAAAGAUCAAUUCAGAAAGAAAACGUACUGGAGAUAGAGAAGAAAUAAUCAGAGAGCUUCAGGAAGCGAAAGAAAAAUAUCAGACUGCAGAGAGUGAAGUCAAGAAUUUGAAGAAAUUUAUUAAACUGUUGGACGAGGUGAUGGUUGAGAGAUAUAAAAGAUACCUGAAGUUUAGAAGGUUCCUUACAGUGCGAUGCAAAUACUACUUCAACUGCUUGUUAAGUCAGCGCUCGUACUCUGGAAAAAUUGAGUUUGACCACAAGAAUGAAAAGCUUUCAAUUACUGUAAUUUUCUGAUGCCGUAUAGCAGGUAUGGGGAAUCUUUGGCCCUCCAGAUGUUGCUGAAUUAUAACUCAUUAGCCCCAGUUACAGGAAGGUAGCCGUGUUGGUCUUCUGUAGUCGAAACAAAAUAAAAAAAACCAAAAAAAUCCUUCCAGUAACACCUUGGAGACCAACUAAGUUAGUUAUUGGUAAGAGAUUUCAUGUACAUGCACACUUCUUCAGAUAUCAUUAGCCCCAGUAAGCAUGGCCCAAUAGCCAGGGAUUAUGAGAGUUGUAGAAACAUCUGGAGAUCCUCACACUUGCUGUAGAGAGGAAAAUCUAAUUUUUUUAUACAUUUAGUAUAUCUCACUGUUUGGCUGGUAAUGUAUCACAAAGUUGAAAACCAAGUGUUGCUGAGCCGUAGUCACUAAACAUUGAUGCAUGCAGCUUCCACACCAGCAGACCUCUCGAUCCUGUCAAGUUUUCUUCUUCAUAUUGCUGCUAUGUAUUGAGAGGAAGAGAUAAACCCCAGUGCCCCAUAACAUACUGCACCACUGAGAGUUCCUGUCCAGAAUAAAUGGGUGGUGAAGAAGGAUGUGACUGGAAGCAUCCACCAAGAAUGAUAAAAUGUAGGAAAAAUCACCGUGUUCCUGUGUACUUGCAGACUUUAGCCUUCUCUACCUCUUGAGAAGGGAACGUGGGUGGCGCUGUGGGUUAAACCACAGAGCCUAGGACUUGCCGAUCAGAAGGUCGGCGGUUCGAAUCUCCGUGAUGGAGUGAGCUCCCAUUGCUCGGUCCUG